AAUGGCUGAUUUCUUGAGAGAUUUCAUGAUUGGUGGUGUAUCAGCCGCUGUUUCAAAGACCGCUGUUGCUCCAAUUGAAAGAGUCAAACUGUUACUCUAAACCUAAGAUGCUAAUAAAAAAAUCUUAGAAGGUGGUGCCAAGAAAUACAAUGGUAUUAUUGACUGCUUCAUCAGAGUCCCAAAAGAAGAGGUAUUGUUUUUAAAUAAAUGAUCAAAGGGCUUAUCUGCCUUAUGGAGAGGUAAUUUGGCUAAUGUCAUCAGAUAUUUCCCAACAUAAGCAUUGAACUUUGCUUUCAAAGAUGCCUACAAAAAGCUAUUUUGUCCAUUUGGUAAUAAAUAUUAGUAUCAUUAAGACCCAAGAAAAGAGAAAUUUCUUUUCUUCUUAGGAAAUAUGGCUUCAGGUGGUGCAGCUGGUGCUACUUCUUUAAUGGUUGUUUAUCCACUCGAUUUUGCAAGAACAAGAUUAGCUGCAGAUAUUGGUAAGAAGGCUGACAGACAAUUUAGUGGUUUAUAAGAUUGUUUGAGAACAGUUUAUAAGUCUGAUGGUUUCAUUGGAUUAUAUAGAGGAUUUGGAGUUUCAGUUUUAGGAAUCGUUGUUUAUAGAGGUGUCUAUUUUGGUACAUAUGACACAGCAAAGGGUACAAUCUUUAGACAUCCAAUGAUGAAUAAUAUUAUUGCAAAAUUCAUUGUUGCUUAAUUCAUUACAGGAACAGCAGGAGUCAUCUCAUAUCCUUUAGAUACAAUUAGAAGAAGAAUGAUGAUGUAAUCAGGUAUUUUUUUAUCAUUAUCUAUUAAUUAGGAAGAGCUGAUAUUCUUUAUAAAAAUACACUCGAUUGUGCAGUCAAGAUUGCCAAGAAUGAAGGCUCAAAGGCCUUUUUCAAAGGAGCCCUUUCAAAUUUCUUCAGAGGAAUAGGUGCAUCACUCGUUUUAGUUCUUUAUGAUGAAAUCUAACAAUUCAUUGCUCCAGGAACUAAAUCUGCAGGAGGUGAAUGAU